UUGGAGCAUGCUCAGUAGCUGAGGCGGCUUUGCCCUACGUCCGCUUCUGACCUAUUGACUCCUGGAAAAGCGGUACUGGGCGCCACGAGGGACCAGAGGCUUCACAACGCGGGUUUCCUAACCCCCGAGGGCCUGUCUCCUGACGUCGUCGCAGAUUUAGUCACUAACUGAUCAUGGCAUCCAGUCAUACUGUGCUGAUGCGGUUGGUGGCUUCAUCAUAUGCCAUUGCUCAAAAGGCGGGAAUGAUAGUCAGACGAGUCAUUGCUGAAGGAGACCUGGGUAUUGUGGAGAAGACCUCUGCAACAGACCUGCAGACCAAAGCUGACCGAUUGGUACAAAUGAGUAUAUGCUCUUCACUGGCACGGAAAUUCCCUAAACUAACCAUCAUAGGAGAAGAGGACCUACCUUCUGAGGAAGUGGAUCAGGAGCUGAUUGAGGACGGUCAGUGGGAGGAGAUACUGAGGCAGCCGUGCCCGUCACAGUACAGUCGGAUUAAAGAAGAAGAUCUUGUAGUUUGGGUUGAUCCUCUGGACGGUACUAAGGAAUAUACUGAAGGUCUUCUUGAUAAUGUAACAGUUCUUAUUGGAAUCGCUUAUGAAGGAAAAGCCAUAGCAGGAAUCAUUAACCAGCCUUAUUACAACUACCAGAACAAUGAAACGCAGAAGUUAAGGGAACACAGGAAUGAAGCAAAGGCAGGACCCGAUGCUGUGCUGGGAAGGACAAUCUGGGGAGUUUUAGGUUUAGGCGCCUUUGGGUUUCAACUGAAAGAAGCCCCUGCUGGGAAGCACAUUAUCACCACUACCAGAUCCCACAGCAACAAGCUGGUCACGGACUGUAUUAGUGCUAUGAACCCUGAUGAUGUACUGCGAGUGGGAGGAGCAGGAAAUAAGAUUAUCCAACUGAUUGAAGGCAAAGCCUCUGCCUAUGUAUUUGCAAGUCCUGGAUGUAAAAAAUGGGAUACUUGUGCCCCAGAAGUUAUCUUACAUGCUGUGGGAGGAAAGUUAACCGAUGUCCAUGGGAAUGCCCUUCAGUACAAUAAGGAGGUGAAGCAUAUGAACUCUGCAGGUGUCCUGGCCACACUAAGGAAUUAUGACUACUAUGCAAGCCGAGUCCCAGAAUCUGUUAAGAAAGCACUUGUUCCUUAAAGGAAUCAUUUACUUAGCCUCGUGGACUUGGUUCUCAAAACAAUACAUUUUAAAGCUGAUUGGAAGGAAUUAGAACUCUUUAUUGAUUAUUGAUCAGUGACUUGUAUUUGUUACUUAGGAAUAGAAAAUAGCUUAAAGAAUUUAUCUUUCUAGGGAUCUAAUACCUUGGACAUAUAAUAAAUUUUGUGUAUUCUUUUUCCUGUUGGGCAUGGUGAUACACGCCUGUAACUCCCAACUACUUGAGAGGAAGGGGACCUCAAAUUCCAAGCCAUCAAGGUCAGGCUGGGCUACACA